AUGACACGGGAUGGCAGCUACGACCUGAAUCUUCGUUACUGUGUAGAUCCUAACCUUCCCGUAACCAGACACGACACAAUUUCACUCCGUCGAUUCAGCAAGAAGGGUGGAUUUCGUAAAAUCAACUUUGCAGAGAUGGCCCAAAUAAACGAUACUGACUGGAAAAGGCCAAUUAAUCCGGAGGUGUUCCUGUUGUAUCCGCAGGGUUUUGCUCUGCGUGAGGUCCUACGGAAUUACCGGGAGACUGGCUUGGUUCCUGAGGUAAGUACAGAUUCUCUUUCAAAUUGACCCCCUCGAAGUCUAAUCGGCGUGUCCCCUUGAAUUGAGACCCUGAUGGAUAGCCACUUCAUUCCUGACGUCAGAAUUUGGGGGGUUUAUAUGCUUACGGCCAUGAUCUUAGCACUGAAUCGAUCAAGGUGGCCGUUCUGGCGAAAGAGACUUUCGUCAACCUAAAGCCCUCUCCUUAUCAAUGAUAUCAGCCGAGCAGAUCCUUUUCAGCCUUUCUGCCAAACAGCAGACCAAACCACGUUUCAAAUUUAGCGUAUGAAACUCCAAAAAUUGGUCGUCAUCUUACGGCAGAAGAUACGUCGAAUACUGCCGUCACACAUUCUACAUAGAAGUACGUAUAGAAAGAGAAGCGAACGGGGCUGUUCUUUAUCCAGCGUGAAUUUGAUUGAUGAGGGGGGGGCCUGAUUGAUAUUAUCUAGUAAAAGAGUUGCGAAAAUUCGCAUAAUAGUAAUCAGGAGACGAGGUGGCGAGCAUACGUAGAUUUCAAUAAAUUCUCCUCAGGCCGGUGCAGUUAUACAGGAACGGGGUAGAAGUAAAGCAUGUCAGCGAUAAGAGAAAUCAAUAAAAAUUCGCCUUAAAACACAGAGGAGGUGUGGGAAUGUGGGGGAGGGGGGGGCGGUAAAAGCAGUCAGUGUCAGGGGCGGGGUGAGAGCAGAAGGGAGCGGAGAGUUGCAGCGUUAGUCGACCUUCAACCACUGCAGGCGCGAAGCCUGAACGUGGUUCUUCUCGACGCAUAAGAAUGGCUUUCGUAACCUAAUGGCGGCCGCUUCUGCUGUCGCUAACAAGCGCUGGCAUACUGGCUCGAUGGGACCUUAUAACUCACACGAAAAGCUUAGUUGGGAUCCACACGAUGGCCGGCGUCGACAACAUGCGCGAGAAUGGCGCUGCUUAUGCUCCUCGUUUCGCCCUUUCCCAGUCAUGCGGGGGGGUGUUCCCGUAGUCUCUUGGAUAAGCGCCGACUCAUACGACCAAUAUAACCUGCUCUACAGGAACAAGUCAAGGAAUAGAUGCAAAUUGAGGUGGUCUGCGGUGACAAUUUAUCCUUACCUUCUCCGAGUAAAAUAGGGUUAGUAGAGAAUAAUAUUUGAAUCCUUUCCACUGGGAAGGUUCACGAGGCAGUUUGAUCAAGGCGUCUCCUCAGGAGUUCACUCGCAGCAUUCCCUUGGAAAGGGACUUUGAGGAACAAAGUUUUCUUUUCGGCGGUUGCUCAGGCGAGUUUGAUCGGUCUUUCGGCAAUGUUCUUUGUAAAAAGCCAGUUAGGAUACCCGUGUACGCGAAGGAAUUCCUGGCGUUUUCUAAGCUACUCCUCGAUGCUAUCUGUGGAACAAAUUUUGCUAGCUCUUUGUGCCAAACAUCGGUUUAGAUUUCGUUUUUGUUGGAGGGGUACGAAACUGGCGAAGUUCGUGUAUUGUCCAGACCAGCAUUUCUUCCCCCACAUUCCCAUACCUCAUCUGUGUUUUAACGAUAACUUUUAUCGAUUUCUCUUAUCGCUGACAUGUUUUACUUCUAAUCCGUUCCCAAAAGCUACGUAUGCUCGCCACCUCGUCAUCUAAUAAAACUGAGACGUCGUUUUGUUCCUUCGCGAUCGCGAAUAUAUCAUCCACGUAUCACCCAUAGUAUCUUAAACCGUUGAUUGGAAGAUAAAGCUGAAAAGCUUUUGGCUUUCCCAUGAAUAUAUGCGCCAUAAUCGUGCCAAGCGGGUGAGCCCGUAUCUACACUGUCCACCUUUCUAUACCAAUUGUUGUCAAAUAGGAAGUGCAAGUUCAAGGCACGCCCCAAUAACAAUUUCUUGAAGGCAACCAUCAGCAUUCCUAUGUCCUGCUGAUAAGAGGCAAUGAAAUCACAGAGGUAGUUGAGCAUUUCUGUGACUGGUACGUUCAUAAAAAUUAACAAGGCAUCUAACUAGAACAUAACCGUUCCGCUUAGGUCGAGGUCGUUCACGCCGUUAACGAAUUCAAAGGCAUCCCGGCAGCCGUGUGGCGCUAACCGAUACUGCCGGGGCCUGAAUUUCUCCGCUAGCCAUUCUGUUAUCGCAUGACACUUCAGCUUCCUCAUAUCGAGGAUCGGACGAACAAUUGUGUUAUCAUUGUGGAUCGCCAGCAAUUUGUAUAACCCAGGUAUAGGCCUGACGACGGUCGGGGAUGCUCUAUUUCGUGUUCGCGUAGGAAACCAUUCGCUGGAAUUCUUUUCAGACAGUCCGUCUGUCGUUUGUUAGAUGCUUCUCCUGUCCUGCCUUUCGAAACUUUUCUGGUUCGACAGGAUUGACUGUAUUUAUGCGACUUCGUUAUUAGGCCUCAGCAUUUCUGGCCAUUCUUCAGGUUUUGAUAGGAGAUAUUGACUAACUUGGAAUUAAGGUGUUGCACGCUCGCUGCCGAAACCGGCUGAAGGUCAUGUGUUUGAUUUAUGAGGUUUUCGAAUUGUGUCCUUAGUUUUAGCUGGCAGGGUUACUGGUGGGGACGGCAUAAAUUAGGAACAGGUGAUAAAAUUUGCAUCGAGGUUUUAUCGAAAGAGAGAUACAUACAGACGAAUAACUGUGUACGUACUGAUUUGAGUCUUCAGGAAUCUUCCAUUGUGAUCUGCCUUCGUGUACACUCCGCAAAUCAGAAGCAAUCUCCAUUUGCACAGGUUUUUUCGCCAUGAACUAGGCAUACGUCUUGAAAUCCUUUCUCUCUUUCUCAUCGAGCUGGUUAUCUAUUACCGCUCGUUGGCACAUAUCACGCCUUACUUCCUCCGCCUUUUUAUCGGCGCUCUCAAGCCUAUUUUCGAUAUAUCCUUCUAAAGUAUCAGAGGUGAUAAUCGAGCGAUUCCGUCUCAUUAUUCUCUAGUAGGAAGUAGGACACUUGUCUCAGUCGAGGCAUUCCCCAAUAAGCCUUGAUCAUAAUAUCACCUCCACGACCGUGGUUUUGAAUUGAACGUAUCCAUUGAGAGUUUCUAAUACCAAGGUUUGCAUUCGAUUAAUACUCUUCAGACCUGAUUAAUAAGAAAAUUCGAGCAAGUAGAAUUUAUUCUGUGUCAGGGGUUCGCCAUGGGGUGGGUGAGGGAAAUGGUAGGCAAUGAGACGGGCAAUUAUAGGCGGGCGGCUGGCAUAGUUGCUUUAGUCCAUGGUAACUGUGGGGUCUGUGCGAAGUUUUUCCUUGUUCAUAGGACUGGUGUGCGUAACCUGAUUGCAGCCGCCUCUGCCGUUGCCAACAGACGCUGUCCAAGUGAUUUUUGUUGGCUUGACGGAACCUUGACCCAGAAAAUAUCAAAAGACCAUUUGGCUAGCAUAUAUCUGCUUUCGAUUAAUUCUCUUCAAGCCUAUGCAUUUAUAUUGAUAUUGAAAUAAUAAAUGAAAGAAGGGUGCGGGCGAAUAGAUGAUUAUGCUGUAGCUCGGGUAUAAUUGAGGAGGCAAGUGAAUCACCAAAAAUGCACUAAGCGUCAGGCGGCGCAUGAUGCACACCAGGAAAGGCAAUUAUAUGCGGGUUGGUGGCUUGACGGCUUUGGCCAUGGAAACUGUGGAAUCUGCAUGAAGUGGUUCUGUGCGCACACGUCAGGUUCGUGCACUUUGACUACAGUGGACCUAAACAGCAGCCAACAGAUGCAGCCCAAGUAUGUUUGGGUGGCCUAGUGAAACCUUGCCAAUCACUCAGGGGGCUUCAUUAGUCUGAGGAGAAAUUGUCGAAUACAGACGUGUACUCGCCAAAUUGUCAUUUGAAUUCUAAAAAUUGUCAAUUUCAAAAUUGCGUGGAAUAGCCAUUUGCGGCAGCAUUUUGAAUGGGGGAAGGGGAAAAAUUCACACAGGAGGUUCAGCUUUGUAUUCAUCAGCAAGCUAUAACUUAGACCGAUGUGGAUUACGAAUUGCAGCCUCCAGUUCAGUGCUCAUUUUAAAUGCUUUGCAGAGUUAGCUGGUGGGUUUGACUUCUGAAGCGCUGUCUAGCAGGUAGUUAGAGGGUGAUUGACGGAAAUUGCAAAGUAGAGUCGAGAGGGAAUUUAUUUUUAGAGUAAAUUGCAUGUGGAUUUCGUCUGCAAAAACCGGAUACCUUAAUGUAUGAUUGGUUAGGAUUUUAUGGAUGGCAAACAGGAAUCGGAAUGUGAUGCACCACUCAGUGCAUUAUGCGUUUCAGUAUAAAUCCUCGACUAUAGGGCGUGGGAUUGAAUUCUGAGCUUAAUCGAACCAAUUAGAACUGGCUUCAUCACGAUGGUUCGUUGCACGAUGUCUUAUUGUACGUGGAUCCUCCUCCUGGCCGUAUUGGCGAUCCUAAAGUUACUGAGCGAUGCCUACUUCGGGCGAGAAUGUCUGCAAGCGCAAUGUUUGCAUUGAAGGUAAAAUAAGCCGAAGCAGGAUAGUGCAAUCUUUAGAGGGGAAAUUAGCCGAGGCUGAAACGGACUAGGCAAUCUGAUGUAUGAUAACCUUGUCGCGAUAUUGAAGGAAGCCUAGAAACCCUGCAAAAGACCUUUCUGACAGGAAAAAUGGGGCUGCAGUAUCCCAUAUCAAGGAAUAAUUCUAACCUUAAGCUCAAAAGCAAACCUUAUCCUUAACUUUAUUAUAAACCUAAUGCUAAUCCUACUCCUAAACCUACCACAAACCCUAGCCCUAAUCUUAGGCGUAACCUUAACCCUGGACCAAAUCCUAUCCUUUACCUUUAACCUAGCCCUAGCUUUAACCACAACAUUAGCCUUAAUCCUAACACGGCCCUAAACCUAACACCAACCUUAGCCCCAAACUUCACACCAAACGCCAGCCUAGAACGCAGACCAAACCUCAACUCUAACUGGAACCAUUAAACGUAAUACAAAACUUAAUCCUAAACUCGAUUCUCAGCCCGACAUAAACCCAAGCACUAAAAAUAACCCUUCCUUAAAACCAAAACAUAAGCUUGCCUUUUCCGUUCUACAUUUGGCUACCUCUCCAACCAGGAUUUUAGCAUCCGCCUUUAACUUAAUUUACUUGAAAUGCCCACAUUGUGUUUACACUUGGAACCAGGACAUCGUAACAGACCAGUGCCCGUACCCUGACACGCAGAGUAGUCAACAUUGAUGUCCUUCAUUCUUCGGUUUUGGUCUCUGACCUGGUUUGAUCUCUAGCACCAACAGAUGCCCUGCCGUCGUGUUUAUCCCCCAAGUUCUGUCUAGACACCAGGUUUCAUCAUAUUUCUCUUGUAUGGAUCGCCUCUCUCUCUCGCUUAGCCUUCGAUGCAGAGCGCAUAUCGAUCGCCUACACGUGAGCACUUAUCAUGAUUCCUUCCAGUUUAGUCCAAUGAGCAAGUUAGGCAAUUCACAACACUCUGUCGCACAGAUAACCCUCACGUCACAGUCAGUUGGAGAAGACGGUGCUACUGCUUGUCAAGGUCUAACUGCUCCCAUCUCAUGCGUUAUCGUCGUGCAGACUGGUAUCAAUUAAUUUCGUUAUUUUGAAAGCCGUAGCAAUUCCCCUUUGUUGUUUACAGCGCCAAACAAUGGAAGAAUUCACUUCCCUAAUUUCGGUGCGCACACCUUAGUCAGCAGGUGACAAGCGCCUAGAGAAAAUAUUAUGGAAAACCCGAGGUGAGGAAAUGGUAAACUACUGAUUACUGAAUUCAGAAUGCAGGUAAAUACUUGAAUAUAAACAUUCGUACCAAACAUAUAUGCGUAUGUGCCAGGACAGUAGGCUGGUUGAGCCUCUUAACGUUGGAAAUGCAAUUAGCGAGACGAUGUCCCUGAAUAACUGACAGAUAUUUUGUGAAUUUAAGGAUUUUUCUUGUGAUUUACCGGUAUCGGGAUCAGACAUCUUACAAAGAGCAUUCCUACCCUCCUAAGUACGCUUCAUUUUUUAAAAAUGAAACCACCAAACACAAUUAACUAGAAGUAACCUUUGUCUCGUCUCUGCGACAAAAUUCUUUUUAGUUCAUUCAGAAUCUUCUUGAACGUUUGCAUCCUCCCAUCAACGAUCCCAGCAUGCGGUUUCUCAAAGUGAGCACAUCGGUUUGUCCACCAGAGGUAGAUGACGUCGUUGACAACAAACACAACCACGACCUCGUCGUCAUUGUGAAAUCAGCCGUCUACAACUUCGAGGGCAGACAAGCCUUUCGCAGAUUCUACGCCCACCUGAGAAAGGAGAGCAGCGUUAAACCACCCUAUCGCAUAGGAAUAGUGUUCGUGGUGGGCCUGCCCACAAGCGCAAGCAGCAAUGCAUUCCAACGCGAUGGUUUCAACGUCUCACUGCCCGGUCGCGCCGGCAACUCGCACGUCAACAUUGCAAACCGCCGCACCCAGAUCCAAAUGCGACUGAAGCAGGAGAUGCGUGAACACGAUGAUCUCAUCGUGGGCGACUUCGAGGACACCUACUACAAUCUGUCUCUGAAGAUGCAUCACAGCUUCGUGUGGGCGGCCAGGUUCUGUCGCGAACGUCCUGCCUUCAUGUUCCUCGACGAUGACAUUGGUUUCAAUGAGAAGCGCCUGCAGGCCGUUCUGUCUAGUCUGCCGGUGGAUUGGCGGCGCAAUGUUUCCAUUUCGAGUACUCGCUGGAAUAGUCCCACAGUGCGUCCCACGGACACUCCGGCCGUCCGAAAAUGGGCACUGUCGAAGCGGGAGGUUCCGUAG